AUGGAAGGCGGAGUGUUUGGAGAUGCUAGAUAUUUAGCUGAAUUUGUUGGACAUUACCUAUUUGAAUUACCAACGAAUGUCUUUUUAAGAAUUGUGGAUUGUUUACCAUCGAGUUAUAUCUUUGAUUACUUUUUACAAUUGCCAAAGAACAAUGAUAUUUUAGUUUUGAUCCUUGAAUGGUAUUUUAAUCAUACGGAGGUGACGUUCAAGCUUGAUUCUCAAGCCAUAAAAAGUACAGAUUUGGCUGACGUUUGUACCGUUAACAAGAUUGAACAUAUGAUUCAACUUGUUGAGUUGCCAGCAUUCUAUCCCAAGCAAUUAACAAUCUUCUCGCGGGGAUUACAGUUCACUGAUAUCAAGUCUUUAAUGGAGAGGUUAGAGCCCACAAUAGCAUCUUAUCCAUAUCUUAAAUUGGUCGUUGAAGAUAUCAAGAAAUAUAAUAAUUCGUUGCUUCCAGAUUAUGAAUUCAGUAAGGAUGAUUUACGAUUUUUAUUGUCAUUUCCAAAUGUAAAAUCAUUAUCAUUGAGAUGUUUAGAGGCCAAAACACCUAAGAAAAGAGCAAUUGUUUCAGUUUCUGAUUUAUUGAACAUCGAAGAGUUCUCCAAUUACAAAAACUUGGAAGAGUUUGUUUCUAUUAACAAUGGUUUAGAAAGGUGGGGAACUAUAUCAUUUCCAGAUACUAUUUCUAGUUUAACUAUCAAUAGUACCCUAAUAGAUGCAAGUUCAUUAACAAUACCGGAGUCAGUUACAAAGUUAAACCUCUCAAAGUGCAAUAUCACUGAUGAAAUCCUACGGGAUAUAACAUUACCAAAUAGUCUAGUCUUUUUGGAUUUGAGUUUCAACGAAUUAACUACAUUACCAUUUGCAGAAUUGCCAAGCACCCUUGAAGAAGUGCAAUUCGGUCUGAACUAUGUUAUCAAAGAUAUUGUAAUGCCAAAGGAUGGUAAAUGGUUACCAAAAUUGAAAGCCUUAAUAUUAACUCAAUGUGGAAUCCAUGAUGAAUUACUCGUGAAAUUAUGUCUGCAUACAUGGCCAUCUGAAUUAAUUCAUUUGAAGUUAACUUGGAACUUGAUGGAAGAUAUUACACCAUUGACAAGUCUACCUGACAGCUUACAGAUUUUGGAUCUUGCAAGUCAUAAUCCAUUGAAAAUAAAUGAUCCCACCAAUUUCAAAUUUCCAGAAGCAUUAGAAUUAUUAGUAAUCAAUUUACAACCAUUCCAGGGACACCUCAAGUUCCCUCCUAGAAUGAAGGAUUCACGGUUACUGUCAAGAGAUAAUAAUAUCGAUAAUUUUGAAAUACCGUCCCUGUUGUAUAAACUAUAUACACUAAGCGUUAAAGUUGGAAGUCUAUCAAAAUUCGACUGGGAUGAGUUUAAGAAUCUUGAAGAGUUAUCAUUAACGAACUGUGGAAUAGAUACCAUUGAAAGUUGGACACCACCUCCGAAUUUGAAAUCACUUUCGUUAAUAGCCAACCCCAUCGAACAGAUCACAAGUAAAGCUCCACUUUUUAGAAAAGAGUUUCAUAAACUUAAGACAAUAUCUUUCUUCAGCUGUCACAUAGUUCAUUUCGAUGAAGAUAUUGAAUUACCAGCCAAUCUUACUCUGUUGGAUAUUUCAUUCAACAGAAUACAAGUUUGGAACUUCCCUCAAGAGAGCUUCAAAAGAGUUCGCUUCAAUUUAGUGGGAAAUCCCUUUACAGAUACAGUAGGUAAUGGACAUGGGUUAUUUGUAAGAAGAUAA